UUGAUCUUAACCUACAAAACUUCGCGUACCAGCUGGAAAAAAAUUUUUUUACUCGAAUAGUUUUUUACUUUUUGCACAAUAAAAUUCUUUAUUUUGCAUAUUUAUGGAUAUAUUCGUACAUAAUAGGCCUCAUUCAUGUGAUACUUAAAGUUUUUGACCUUUUGAUUUCAUAUGAAAAGACUUGUGCUGCAGCAUUACUAGGAAUCAUUACUUUAUUAAUUAUUUUUAUAAGUAUAGUUGUGUGUUUCAUUAACUGAGACUAAAAAAAUAAUAUCCAACAUGGAUAUGCGUAUUGCUGACAAUAGUAGUCAGACGUCACAUUCCAAUAUGAAUGGAACAGAUCUUUCUAACAAGAAGUGUAACAAAGAGACAGAAAUGAGAGAAGAAACUGAUGCUCCCAAAGAAAAGGAACCAGUAAAAGAAAAUAGUACACCUAAAAAAGCAUCAGGCACAAAUGCGGUAGGGAAAGCUAAGAAAAGAAAAAAAUGUCCUAAAGAUGCAAAAGCACCGAAACAACCUCUCACUGGCUACUUCAGAUUUUUAAAUGAUCGUAGAGAAAAAGUUCGAACUGAGCAUCCAACAAUGCCGUUUUCCGAAAUAACCAAGUUUUUGGCUGCUGAAUGGAAUGUUCUUCCAUCAAAUGAGAAAAAACAGUACUUGGAUGCAGCAGAACAGGAUAAAGAGCGUUAUAACAGAGAAAUGAAUGAUUAUAAGCAAACAGAUGCUUAUAGAUUGUUUUUAGAAAAACAACAAUCUGCUGAAGAAAAAAAUGACUUGAAAAAAGAGAAAAAUGGAACUGACACUCCAGCUAGCACUGCUGCUACUACAAUUUCUGUUUCUGUUCCUACUCCUUUAUCGAAAAUUAAUGACCCUAAAAAAGGAAAAACUGACGAGAAUGGUACUGUUGAAAUUCCAAUUUUCACCGAAGAAUUUUUGGAACACAACAAAGCAUGCGAAGCGGAAUUGAGGCAGUUGCGCAAAUCUACAACAGAUUAUGAAUCUCAGAAUGCUGUUUUGCAGCGCCAUGUGGAAAGUCUACGUCAAGCCGUGACUCGAUUAGAGACUGAUACAAGUAAUCAAGAAACGGCUAAUCAAGCACUGCAACGAUACUUAGAUAAUUUGCGGUCUCAACUUACAACGAGUCUUUCAAACACACCUCUUGCAGGUGCAUACCAAGGUGCUACUCUACAAAAUAUCGAUGCUUAUGUGGAGAAACUCGAUUGCCUGGUGAACGGUAACAUGGAGCCAACACUGCGCAGCAGUCUCCGUAGCGCGGUAUCGCGCCUCGACUUCAUCAAAUGACCUUUGCUUCCAAGCGUCGCUUCUGCGACGACGACGGUAACAGCGACGACUUCUACGGCGAAACACCAUCGGCCUCGGCACAGAAAAUCAAGUCAAUAAGUCACGCAG